UGGCCCCAAACCCUUACCCUCCUUCUGCUCCUCUCUCUUCUUCUUCCUUCUUCUAUCUAUGUUCUACUCUCUGCAAUUCGCAAACCCUACCCCUCUCUUCUUCUGAUUCCUUGCUGACUUGACACAUUUCACUUGCCACCAAUCGGAGCUAUAUUCCCUGCUUUGCAUUCAUCCGCUGCCUUCUCCCCUAAUUUGACCUCCCUGUCUCUGAAUUGGACCAUCUGCAACUCAACCGCGAUGGCUGACGGAAAGGUUAAUCUGCCUGAUGAUCUCUUCUCCUCCAGGAUUGCCGAGGGGCAUUCCUCUCUCAAAGUUGAAGCAUCGGGAGGAGAUGGUGGGCAGAAAGGGACCGUAUUGAUACCAGAUUAUUCAAAAGAUCAAGUGCCAUCGGACAGCAGCAUACCCUUAUCUCCACAGUGGCUUUAUUCUAAACCCAUCGAAACAAAGACAUCAGCUAACAACUCAAUGGGGGCUAACUCUACUGACCCCAUACUGAAAGAUAGUUGGCGUAUGGAUGGGUCCCAAGAUAAGAAAGAUUGGAGGAGAACUGCCACAGAUGUUGACACUAGUCGUCGUUGGCGUGAAGAGGAGAGAGAGACAAGCUUACUAGGGAGAAGGGAUCGCAGAAAAGAGGAUCGUCGUCCAGAGGUUACCUCAACUUCGGAGAACAGAGCCCUGCCUUCCUCUGAUCGCUGGCAUGAUGGUCGUGGCUUAGGUCAUGAUUCUCGGAGAGAGAAUAAGUGGUCAUCAAGAUGGGGUCCUGAAGAAAAAGAAAAGGAUUCUCGGAGUGACAAAAGGAGUGAUGCUGAAAAGGAAGAUGCUCAGGUUGAAAAACAGGCUUCUGGUGUUAGCAGUCGCUUAGGUUCUGAACGUGACACAGAUUCUCGUGACAAAUGGAGGCCUCGACAUCGGAUGGAAGCUCAAGCAACUGGUGUGGCCACAUAUCGUGCUGCCCCUGGAUUCGGGCUGGAGAAAGCGCGUAUUGAAGGUUCCAACGUGAGAUUUUCUCCUGGACGAGGAAGGGCCAAUUUCAAUGCAAACCAACAAAUUGGAAAACCAUUCUUGGGCUCUAACUUGGUGUCUGCUCCUUUGGAUAAUAGUAAAGCUGUGCUGGGGAAAUCUUGUCUUCCUGUCAAUUCAUAUUGCUACCCUAGGGGUAAGCUUCUUGACAUAUAUCGUAGGCGAAAGCUUGAUCCAGCUUUUAAAACCAUGCCCAGUGGGAUUGAGGAUUGUUCACCAAUAACGCAACCUGGAUUUGAUGAACCAUUGGCAUUUGUUGCUCCUAAUGCUGAGGAAAAGGCUGUACUUAGCGAUAUAUGGGGUGGAAAAAUUUCUAACAGUGAAGUCUCAAGCUACUUCUUGGGAGAAAAGGGUGGAGGAUCAAAUAAUGAUAUUUCAGGUGCUGAUUUAGCUAAAGGAAAACAAACUUUGUCAACUGGCCUGAGAGGAAUAGUUGAUUCCGGAGGUAAUGUCUUGAGUGAUUCUGAUGCAAUUUUGAUUGCAGCAGCAUCAAAUGCUGAUGGUCCAUUGAAAGAUAUAGUCGAUGGAGUUGUACCUAUUAGAGAAGGAAAGAAGAAAGACAUGCUUAGCCAUGGUGUACCUGACAAAGAUGAGAAUUAUGCCAGCAGCUAUCAGGUGGGAAGUGUUCACAGCAAUUAUGUUGCUGAACCAGAAACUUAUGAUAGCCAACGGGUACUGGCCUCUGCCUUUCAGACCCAAGCUAAUGGGGAUGCUUUCAAAUCAUCUGCCGCAUCAGAAAUCAGUAGUGAUCUACCUGACGACUCUGGCAAUCUUUUUGAUUUUUCACCUCUGCACCAAACUCCAAGUAUUAUUCAACAAGACUUGAAGAUGAAUGAGAAGUUGCAUCUGCUUGAAAGUGUUGUUGCACCCGAGGACUUGAGUUUGUGCUAUCUUGACCCGCAAGGGGUAGUUCAAGGCCCCUUUCUUGGGAUUGACAUUAUUUCAUGGUUUGAACAAGGCUUUUUCAGCACAGACUUACCAGUUCGCUGGUCAGAUGCCCCUGAAGGUUCUCCCUUUCAAGAACUUGGUCGUAUCAUGCCUCACCUUAGAGCAAAGUCUGGUUCAGUUACUGGCAGUGACCUUACUACUCAAUCAGAAGUAUCUGAUGCCACUGGAAGGAACCUGAAGGCUAAUGUUCAUUCUCUUGACUAUGAUGGGUCUAUCAUUAUAGAUGAUCAAACUUGGGCUUCAUCCCAACCUGAGACUACGUCAAGUGCGGGCUUUCGGUCCCAAAUACCCGAUCAAAGUUAUCCAAGUAAAUUUUCUGGUGAUCAGAGCUUUAAUAGUUUUGUCACACAAGAUGGUGACAUUGCUUUAUCAAAAAUGGCCAGAAGCAGCAGUUGUAACCCUUUGAUGAGGCCUUCUGAGAUAACCUCAUCUUAUAACAGUCUUUCUCAUCAACCCAUUGCAAAUGAAGUUUCAAGGAGUGAUAUGCACGAGGCUGAUAAGCUGCAUCCCUUUGGUCUAUUGAUGUCUGAGCUCAGAGAUGCCUCUCACUUAAGACGUGCACAGUCCUACAAUACAUCUUCAAGAAUUGGUGAUCAGGGUCAUUUUCUAGAUUCAUUAAUAGAUAGAGAUGCCCCUUUUGCUGAUCAAAGUUCUUUUGGUGGUAUGGUUGGUCAGCCUUCUAACAGGGAGACAUGGUCAGAUGAUCAUGGGUUAAACAGGCAUUUUAAUCAUGAUCAAUUUGUGGGUUCAUUAGAUGAGCGCUACUUGUCCCACAUGGGACAAAAAUAUAAUAACUUUGAUGUGCCAGAGAAUCUUUUGUUGCAAAAUCUGCAGGAGGAACGGCUUCAGCAGCAAGCUAGUCUAUCUAAUCAUUUCCCUGAACAUCUUACCGGGUCAAAUUUAGAGCGAUUUUCAAGUUUCUCUCAUUCACAGAACAAUAACUCUGGCAUUCAGCAAAUGAUCCAUAAUUCAGGGUCAGAUUUGGAGCAGCUUAUGGGACUCAGACGCCAGCUUGAGUUUCAACAACAGCAAGAGAUGCACCAUCAACAACUUCUUCAACAAAUGGAAUUGCAACAACAGCAAGAAUCUCAAGCUAAGCAGUUGUAUCUUGAACAGUUGAGACAUCCCCCAAUACCAGAUUCAAAUUUGGGGCAGUCAAAACUUGAUCUUGCUAGAGAGAACUUGUUUGAUCAGCUUCAGAUGAGGAAACACAUGUUGCAUGACUCACAGCAGAAUUCUUAUUCAAGGCAUCUGGAUCCGUCAAUGGAGCAGAUUAUCCAAGCAAAUAUGGCCCAUGCUGUCCAAGGAAGGCAAGCUGAUUUUUCAGACCUUUUGAUGCAAUCAAGACACGGGAAUAUCCUGCCUUCAGAACAGCAGCUUCAUCUCCAGCAAGAACAGGUGCGGGCACAGCAGUUAGCUUUUGCACUUGGACAGCAGUUGGGUUUGGAAGGAGAAGGGCAUUUUGGUAGGUCUUGGGCAAUGAAUGAAACGGCACAAUUAUUAAGAAAUCCUGCAACUCAUCAAUUGACUCACACAGCCGGAUAUAAUGCUUCAGAUUUCCCAAAACAGCAGCAGAGGUUUUUGCCACAAGAGGAGCAAUUGAGCUAUCUGGGCAGGAACCUUGCUGAGCAGAAGCAGAGAGGGUUCUAUGACCCCAUUUCUAUGUUUGAGAGGUCUACAGCUGCUUCUGCUGGUGCUCUGGCAAUGAAUUUUGAUAGUGUAGGUAAUUCUGUACAAGGAAGGGAAUUGCAAGAACAAAAUCGCUACAUGCGCAUCCCCAGUCACCUUGGUUCUUUAGCCUCUCAUCAUUUACAAGCGUCUGAUGAGCUUUUUGCUCAUAACACAGAUGCGUUCAAGGGUUUCUCUGUGAAUAAUGGAGAUUUGGAAAAUAACUGGACUGACCCACGGAUGGAACUGCAACACGUUGAAGGUGGGAGACACAGAAGAGAAUUUGGAGUUACUGUUCCAUCAGCAGAUCUAGACGUGUCUGCAUCUUCUGGAACUCAUGAACAGAUUCCAGCCCAAGGUUUAGCGGAUCUGAUUCAUCAAAAACUUGGUCUUCGGUCAACACAACAAUCACAUGUUGAUAAAUGGCAUCCUCUUUCAUCAAGAAAUCAUGAUCAGUCCUGGCAAGUUCCUGGGGCUAAUUCAUUAAUUCAGCCCUUUGAUCUUCCACAAGAUCAGCAGCAUCUGGAUGAUUCGUUUAUAGACGGGUCUCCAAGUUCCAAUCCAAAUGCUGUAAUGCAAGACCAUUUUAAAAGCAUGAAAAUGGCUGAGCAAUACAGUAAUUUAGGGACCAAUGAAAGAAUGCCUUUCUGGUCUAGGUCUGGAUCGUUAGUGGAAGAACCAUCACUCUUCUCUGCCAACAGAGAUACUUUAAAUCCUGUGUACGGAAAUCCUCUCCUAAUUAAUAAGUCAGCUAUGGACAAUGACUUGCUGGAGUCGGAGACAAAUAAGGGGCAGAGGCAUGAAUUUUUAAGCUCAAUGAGCAAGUCACUUUCAGGUGUCUCAGACUUCUCUGAACGAAUAGAAGGCACCAUGCAUCCAAUGGAACUUCCUGUUAUUGCCCAUAGUAGACGUAGCUCACUGAGCAGUGCAGGUGGUGAUGGGGGUUCAUAUGGUCGUGAGUUAGUUUUAAAUAAUUCACAUGGGGAUGAAAGUUCUAGUGACAGUUUGACAUGGAAUUCUUCUAGACUUCCAACUUUGUGCGGAUAACUCCCCUGCCAUUAAUGUUCAUUAAAGGGCAGCUCAGUGCGUGAAGCUUCCGCUACACACAAGGUAUGGGGAGGGUAGACCUACUUUGGGUCUGUUAUGCGCAGCCUUGCCUUGCAUUUUUGCAGACGAUUGCUUUCACAACUCAAAGUUGCGACCGCCUAGUCAGACGUUGACAAUUUUACUGUUGAACCAGUGCUAUCCCUUACCAUUUAAUAGUUCGUUAUUUUACUGAUAGAAUAUCAUACGUCCUUAAUCGUAUCUCUUAACUUCUAUUUUUUAAGCAGAUGGCCUUGAAUUUUGGGUUAUAUUCUAAUAACUCCCUUAAAUUUUAAGUUAUUGUGAGAUAAACCCUUUGUCAAUUACAGACAAAUUAAGUUAUUCGCAUAAAUUUAAAUGUUUAGGGGAAUUUCAUUGUCAAAUGAUCAGGAAAGUUAUCUGCUUAUAUUUUAGAGGAGUUAGAGGAGCUUUGAAUAAUCUAGCCAAGGAUCAAUUGGCAUAAACAGUCGCUUAAUUCUUAUGCAUCAAUACUGUUCUAGCCAAGGAUAAAUUGGCAUAAACAGCGACUUAAUUCUCAUGCAUCAAUAUUGUUUAUUUUCUUCUUGCCCCAGAAGUUUGAUUGUCUUGUACUGACAGGACACUUCCAACUAAAGGGUUUGAUAAUGCUAUCUAUAAGCGCACACCUGUAUCUCGAGUUUUAUCUUCUCCUGAUGUUCAGUCAGACCAACCAUCUGGAAUUAAUGCCAAUCAGAACAGCGUGAUAAAUCUUAU